AUGAGGCGCCUUCCAAAUGUCGACAGCCGCGAACAUCCAGGAACACACUACGACAUCCCCACACCGCCUGGAGCUGGUAGACGUUGCGUCCGGCAGACCUCGUCAUUGGCUGUCGCCAAAGCCGCAGCGGACGACAGGCCCUUCUUCGGCGUCCUAUGGGCAGAUCUGGUCGAGAAGCGGAUAAACGUGAGAAGAUCGCUCGCGAACCAUGACGAGUUGAACCGUGAUCAGCCCACAGAGUCCGAGAAUUGUUACAACGGCCUGGAGCCUGACGUUGUACCCUGA